ACCCCGGCCCCGGCCGGGCGCCAGCUCCGCGGCCGAGGCGGGACCGCGCUGCCGCCGGCGGCCGCCCGCACCGUGAUGACGGCGGUGCCGCUGGCCCACGAGGUGCUGGAGGGCAGCGGGGCUCGGCCGCCCCUGGUGAUCCUGCAUGGGCUCUUCGGCAGCCACGGCAACUUCCAGACGGUGGCCAAGGCAGUGGCGCGGCGCCGCGGCAGCAAGGUGCUGACACUGGAUGCCCGGAACCACGGAAACAGCCCCCACAGCCCGCUCAUGACCUAUGAAGUGAUGAGUUUGGACGUGCAGCACCUCCUGGCCCGCCUGGGCAUCACCAAGUGCAUCCUCCUGGGACACAGCAUGGGGGGCAAGACAGCCAUGACAGUGGCCCUGCAGCGGCCAGACCUGGUGGAGCGCUUGAUCUCUGUAGACGUUAGUCCCACCUCAACCACAGCUGUCUCUGAAUUCUCUGCCUACAUCUCUGCCAUGAAGUCAGUGAGCAUCCCCGAUGGUCUGCCACGCUCCACAGCCCGCCGGCUGGCUGAUGAUCAGCUGCGUCCAGUUGUCCAGUUGGCACAGCUGAGACAGUUCCUUCUCACCAACCUGGUGGAGGUGGAGGGCCGCUACAUCUGGCGAGUAAACCUGGAGGCUAUAUCCCAUCACUUGUCAGAUAUCAUGAACUUCCCUGUCUUCCACAAGCCGUAUCCAGGCCCGACACUUUUCUUGGGAGGAUCCAAGUCGCCCUAUAUCAGCCCCAAAGACUACCCGGAGAUUCAGCGUCUCUUCCCGAAGGCAGAUAUCCAGUUCAUUGAAGGUGCAGGCCACAUAGUCCAUCAAGAUAAGUUUGAAGAAUUCAUCACUGCUAUCCUUAAUUUCCUGCCACCACCAUAAAGCCAGGGACUAUGGUUUCUGUGAGCACCACGUGGGACCUGAGGAGCUCUGGGAGAUGAGGCAGGCCUCCUGGGCAGUGUGAGAAGAACCUUCCAACCCAUCACUCCCUUUGCAGUGUGAUCCUACCUGCAGAGCCAUCUCCCACUCCAGGUCAGAUAGAGCUGGAGUUGGAGCUGGGCCUUUCCCAGCCCUCUGAUCUUUCCUUGCCACCUCGCAGGGAUGCAGAAUGUCAGCAGCCUGAGCAUACAGUCCCAGGGGCUGUACUCAAGUGUCUGAGAUGUUAUAAGGGGGCAGAAGAGCUCUCAGGGAGGGUGCUCUGGUUUGCCAGAACAGCUUUGCCCUCUUGUGUUGGGGCCAGAAUGAUUUCCUGCUUCUGGACUGCCCAGUUGCAGAGCUGCCUGUGACUGUGCCGAACUUGCAAUAAAGCUGAAUCAAUAGUGAGGCAGAAAA